GUUCACAUCCCCCUCCCUUCACCACUUUCAAAAGAAAAGGGCAGAGGCACCGUUUUUCUCCUCCAUACAACUGAGAGCGCUCGAGAGAGAGAGAGCACUUGAGACGCGAUCUGCCGGAGGACUGCGUAGUCGCCAUCAACGGUGUUCCUUCGGCUCUGUUUGUGCCCUUGUGUGGAAACGCGUCCUCACCUUGGAGCUGCAUAACGACACCUCAGUACACAGGUGAGAAGGCGGAGAACGGCGAUCCACUCCCACCACCACCGCCACAACAGCCAAAAAAAGAAUCUCCUCCUUUUUUUUUCUUUUCAAAUCGUCUCCGACGCCGCCAUGCCGCCACGAAACGGAGGUCUUCGUAAGCCGACAGAGGAGAAGGCCCUGCUGGCUGAGCUGGCUAAAAUGUUCCACGUCGCCAAGGCUCAGCACAAGGAGCAGCACAACGUCCGUCGCACCCCCUCGCCUGCUGCUGCUGCUGCUGCACCGACAGCGAACAAGCAGCCGGCGAAGAUGUCGACGCGCAAACCAGCGAAGGACACUCGCCGCGGCUCGCAGCGCCGCAGUCAGCAGGGCGGUUCCAUCUGGAUGGUGCUGAAAGGAGGCUUCGGCCCACGCAGCGUGCCUCUCGCCACCAACGCGGCUGUCGUACGCACCCGUGCGCAGCAACGAGCGGUGCUGUCAGAGAAGCGCCGCGUAGCCGCGCUGAAAGAGGCCGAGGCAUACGUGGAGAGCGCGUGGCAGCAAGCGCGAGAGGGCGAGCUCGUCAACUCGGACGGCACACCGACGGAGGAAGGUGAUGCGUACUUGGCCGAGCAGUAUGCCGCCGCAUCACUGAUGUUAGCGCCUGCGCCGGUUGGGUCUUUCUUGAAUCAGCUAGUCGAAACGCACAGCGGGGGGGUUGCGGACGGGAAAGAGAAGAAGCCCGGCGAAAUCCCCGACUUCGCGCUGACCCGGGGGGAGUGGGAGGACGUGUGCACGCGUGAGGCUGCGAUACUCUUUCGCUACCGCACCCGCGCCACGCCCUCCGCAUCCGCCGAGGACUAUUUCAAAGAGCAGCAACACGCACGGGAGCAGCAGUACCACUUUACUACGGCAGAGCCGACGGAGGGCGGCGGUGUGGAUGCAGCGCCGACGAAGUGUGUUGUGCGCCUGCGGGACAGCCAACGGAACAAACACACCGCGAUUCUCAGCACGGCGAAGGCGGUGAACUACUUCAAGUCGAACAUUGGGCAGGUGCUCCGUAAGGAGCUGGCGGGGUCGAGGCUGCCGCGUGGCGGAGCUGAGGAGCCGGAAGGCGGUGCUACUGCCGGUGUUGCUUCUAAGGGGCAUCAAAGCGUCGCCAAUACGAACGCCAGUGCAGCACAUAGCUCCAAGAAGAAACGAAAGCGCUGA